AUGAUACUGAAGGAUUUGGAAACUGCAGACAAGGUCUUGAAAAAGGAACCAGAUGAGACGCCUCCCUCCUCUGUUGAUGCUUCACCCCUUCAGGUCAACAUACCUCCGUCUACGGGACGAUCAAGCGCAGCAAGUGGACCUAGUCCGUACGCAUCUCCACUUGCUGGCGGUCUCUUGCAAAGCGGAAAUCUACCGCAUCCACUUCACCUCAACGGAGAUCUCGGAUCACUGCCACCAGGUCUCGACUUCGCCGCCGCGAUAGCUGCAGCUGCAUCCUCCAGUCAGAACACUGCAGCUAUAUCAGCUGGGGCUGGUCAGUGA